UCGUUACUGCGAUGACUGGAACAAGAUUUUUGUGUGUGUUUCUACUUCUGCUGAGACCUGCCUUCAGCGCUGAAUCCACAGCUCUUGUGAGACUAAUCAAUGGGGAGAACCAAUGCCAGGGCCGAGUGGAAUUGUUCCACAGCGGGAGAUGGGGUACAGUGUGUGAUGAUGAAUGGUCAAUGACAAAUGCUGAGGUGGUUUGUCGACAGCUAGGCUGUGGCGCAGCCCUUGAAGCACCCCACAAUGGGCACUUUGGUUCUGGAAGUGGACCCAUUUGGUUGGAUAACGUGGUGUGCCAGGGUGACGAGUCCUCUAUAGCGAACUGCCAUCACCAGGGCUUUGAGGUACAUAACUGUGGUCACAAUGAGGAUGCCGGUGCUGUAUGUGAAGAAAUACCGACAUUUCCUAAUCCUGAGAUUGUGUGUAGUAACAGUUUCAUGCAAGUGGGUCUUCCAAAAACCCUCAAUUCCGCCACAGUCUUAAACACUCUGUCAGGUCACAUGGCUGACCCACAGUGUAAUCUACACCUGGAAAACAAUGGGACCAUCUGGUACAAGGUGCAGAGACGCGAUGGUAUCUGUGGUAAUGUCAUGAGGACCAACAGCACACAUGUUGUCUUCUCCAACACACUGUUUGUUUACCCUGCCACGGAAAACGUUACCUUCACAUUACCAGUGGGCUUUCCAUUCUCUUGUGUGUAUCCUCUGGACAUGCAAGCUGACUUGAGUAUUGCUGUUAAACCUUACCUCUCCAUGCAGGAGAUGGGAUUGUUAGGCUUUGGUCCUGGAGCCCGGGCGAUCAUGUCUUUGUAUCAUAAUGUCACCUUCACUGAGCGGUACCCAGAGGGCGCAGUUACAUUGCCAGUGGGAUCUGCUCUCAAUGUGGGAAUUAAUGCAGAGGGAGUAGAGGAAGGAACCUUUGUGGUUAUACUCGACAACUGCUACACCACCAAUACCUCAACCCCAGAUGAUCCUAUUAGACACUAUUUCAUCAAGAACAGGUGUGUACACAUGUAA